CCUUCCAUUGCUGAUUGCAUGCCGACGACGAUGGCACCCCAGAACAAUGAUGCGGAUGCUAUGCAGGUGCAGGAAGUCGUGGUGGUUCCUGCUAAAGCAGCCAAUGGAUCCACAAAAGGAGUAAGUAAAAGAGAGGGUGCAGCUAAGGAAGCAGGUGGAGUCGGCGGGCGGCAUGUGGAGAGUCAGGACGAGUCGGCGAGCGAGGGUUCUAUAGACCGCAUCCCUAUACGCCAGUGGGUCAUGCAUGGAGCCAUCAUGUUCGGCAGGGAGUUCUGCUACGCGAUGGAGACAGCCUUGGUCACGCCCGUAUUGCUGCAAAUUGGUCUUCCAGAACAGUAUUACAGCCUGGUGUGGUUCUUGAGCCCUAUCCUCGGCCUAAUGUUCACUCCUUUGAUUGGAUCAGCUAGCGACCGCUGCACGCUGCGUUGGGGCCGCCGGCGGCCCUUCAUCCUAGCCCUGAGUGUGGGUGUGCUCUUCGGCGUAGCGCUCUUCCUUAAUGGAUCUCUAAUAGGCUUGGCUGUUGGUGAUGAACCCAGCAGGCAGCCUAUAGGCAUUGUGCUGACGGUACUGGGAGUGGUGGUGCUGGAUUUUUGUGCUGAUGCUGCAGAAGGGCCGAUAAGAGCAUACCUGCUGGAUGUAGCUGACACAGAUGAGCAGGACAUGGCCCUCAACAUCCAUGCUUUUUCAUCAGGAUUGGGUGGUGCAGUUGGCUAUGCUCUUGGUGGCCUUGACUGGACUCACACCCUGCUGGGUAAGGCCUUCAAGUCUCAGGAGCAAAUCCUGUUUGUGUUUGCUGCUGUGCUCUUCAUCAUCUCAGUGGCCCUGCAUCUCUUCAGCAUUGAAGAGGAGCAGUACAUCCCACAGCAGGACCGACUGGAUGAGGAGGUGGAUGCAACAUCUGUUAAAAUCAACAGCGCCCUGGGUCUUCCAGCAUCACAGCCGAAGUUGGAGGUAAUCCAGGAGGACGAGCAGUGUGAGCACUCUGUGCUCUCAACUGAGCCAGAGCUCAACUUCCUGAAUGUAGAGUUGGUGCGCAGCAAGAGCGACUCUGUGCUGGAGAUGGCCGAUGCAGAACUGGAACAGCUGGAGUAUGAGGCACUUUUCCUGCGCCAAAUAGAACCCUCCAUCUUCCAGGAGCGAGUGUCACCCUACCCCGGCAGUGAGGAGUUCCUGCAUGAUCGAUUUAGCCUAAGAAGCUUAUCUUCGGUAGCGCCUGAGCCAGACGGUGAAGACGUACCACUUCAUUCAGAACCCAAACCGUCCAAUGGCCAGUCAGCAGGGCACAGCACUACCGGCAGGAACUCUGAGCAACUUCCAUCGAAUGGCCUAAAAUCCUCCAGUGCUAAUGCUUCCAUCCGGCGCCGGCGCCACACUUUCUACCGCCAGUCAUCCAGUACUUUCUCCUACUAUGGACACCUGGGCUCGCAUCGCUAUCGCUACCGCCGUGCCAAUGCAGCUGUCCUGAUUAAGCCAUCGCGCAGCAUGAAUGAUAUCUACGAGAUGCAGAAGCUCCAAAGGAGAGACAGGAGGCACAGAGCCCGACACCAAAGCGGCAACACCACAUCCAGCGGAGAUACUGAGAGUGAAGAGGGUGACUUUGAGACCACUGUGCGCCUCCUCUGGAUGUCCAUGCUGAAGAUGCCCAAAGAAUUGUGGCGACUUUGCCUAUGCCAUCUGCUUACCUGGUUCUCGGUUAUCGCUGAGGCUGUUUUCUACACUGAUUUUAUGGGACAGGUCAUCUAUGAGGGCGACCCAACGGCUGCAUCAAACUCCACCUUGCUGCACAACUACAAUAAAGGAGUACAGAUGGGCUGCUGGGGGCUUGUCAUCUAUGCUGCUACUGUGGCUAUCUGUUCAGCUUUACUCCAAAAGUACCUGGAUAACUUUGACCUCAGCAUAAAAGUCAUCUACAUUCUGGGAACACUGGGCUUCUCUGUCGGCACAGCCGUUAUGGCCAUCUUCCCUAAUGUCUAUGUGUCUAUGGUGAUGAUUAGCACCAUGGGAAUCAUCUGCAUGAGCAUCUCUUACUGCCCAUAUGCUUUACUUGGCCAGUACCAUGAAAUUAAAGAGUAUAUCCAUCAUAGCCCUGGCAACUCCAAGCGAGGCUUUGGUAUCGACUGUGCCAUUCUGUCCUGCCAGGUGUACAUCUCUCAGAUCGUGGUGGCAUCCGCGCUGGGUGCUGUAGUGGAGGCCGUGGGCAGCGUACGGGUCAUCCCCAUGGUGGCAUCAGGUGGCGCAUUUUUGGGGUUCCUGACUGCCAGCUUUCUGGUUAUCUAUCCAGGGGAGGGUGAGGGGGUCAAGUCAGAGCAAAACAAAGCCCUUACCUCAACCUGCAGCGGGCACGGCGAGAAUGGCGUCACCGCCAUUGAGAAGCCCAGUGUCUUGAAACUUACACGGAAGGGCACCACCACCACCACAACCUGCCAGCUGGAGGUUGAAUCCACCCUGUAAUGAAGAUGAGAAAUGCUUUUUCCUCUAGCUGUUGUGUUUGUGGAGGGACUGGUGUUUCUUUUCAGGGCCACCAGAGGGCAGCUCUGUGCGGAAUUCUAUAAAAAAUAAGAGGGCAUUCUGGUCUUUUUCGACAUGCACUUCAUCAGACUUCAAUCAAAGUUCCUACUUCCACUGUAAGCGCAAAA